CUGAAAGGAGCCAGGGCUUCUCACUGGAGAGAGCUGUGCAACGUGCAGUGGCCUUGAUGGAAAGGGUGGUGAGAGGAGACGUCUGGCAGCUGGGUGUGCGGGACUGUGGACAGAGGCUGGGAACCGAAUGGAGAAAAGAGUUGCAAUAGAAGACAAGGCAGGAGUAGCCUGACAGCUUCAUGAGAGGAGAUAUGGCAGUGGAGGAGCAAGACCUUCCCAUAAUGGGGCAGCGCAAGGUGAUUGGGAUGUUUUUCAUGGCUGCCUUGGGAGUGCCAUCGGCCAUACCAGAGCAAAGACUUGGGGCAGGAAAAAAUACAGGGAGAAGAGCUAAUAAAUGACCUUUGCAAUAGUGCGAUCAAGUCAAGCCCACCAAAAAUGGUAGGUGAGAAACACCCUCCCUGUCCCAAUGAAUUCACACUGAUUUGGGGGAAAUACGCUCUUUUGCAAGAUGGCAAGAGCCAAAGGACUGUGUGGAGCCUUGUGUUCCAUCAGAGUUCAAAAAGGUUCUCCAGUGCCUUCUCUCCUCCUGUUUUUGGGUUCUUCCCAUCUCAGCUCAUUUCUACCAUUGUUCCUGCUCUGGGACCCUGCUGGGGGAUGACUGAGCUGGGGGCUACCCGUGGUCCAAGCAACAGAGCCAUCCCAUGUGGAGAACAAGCCCAAAGGGCUCCCCAGGGGCAUUGCCCUACAUCCAUGGAGAACACAAGGACGCUUUUGGCCACACUGCUGGAUCUUCUCUCAGCACCAGCCCUAGGCCCAGUGCUGUGCAGCAGUGCGACCACGGGGACCUGGCAGUAUCUGGGGUGCUGGAGAGCAGGACCUGACCCUGACGUCCCCCCGUGUCACCACCCAUCCCAUCCAGAGGUUUAUUUUCAGCAACUUUGCAAUGCAAACAGCGGAAGUGCUGAGAGGUGUUUUGUGGCCUGCAGUGCACAGGGAGAUGUGGAAGAAGAGAUCUGCAGGACCCAACACUUACUGGGUGAGCAAGCUUGGGUCUCUUCCUGACCCAUGUUCCCAUAUUCCUAACAGCAAGUUUUGGUGUGUGCAGCUGCCAGGGCUGCCACAGGAGCUCUGUGCUGCUGCAAGAGGUUGUGGAAGCGAUCUGAGCAAGGGAUGAGAAAAGGAAGUGUUCACUCUUAGAUGCUGCCUUACAUACUGCUGCAAGGGAGGGAAUUGAUGACCCAAUCAGGCCAGGUCUAAGAUGUAUCUAAGAUGUAUCUGCGUAUCUUGAUCACAGAUCAGAAAUCUUGGAUGUGCACAAAAAUAUCCCAUUAGUGGGUGAGAUUGAAGCGAAGCUUCAGCCCUAGCAAGCUGAAAAGGUUGUGGAGCUGGGAAUUCAACUCUGGUCCAGAUUUCAAAACAUGCUAUUUUGAUCAAAGACCAUUUCAGCUUCCGAUCCAAAAUGUGCAUUUUUUUUAAACCUUGAACUUCCUCCAAAGUAAUGUAAGGUAAAUUCAAGUGGCCACCACACGCAAGCACAGUGUCCACAUAGGGAAUGUUGGUAGAUGUGUUUACUUGUUUGCUGUGACCAAAAUCAUCAUCUGCCUGCACCAAACCCAGAAAUUCUUUGUGAACCCCAGGGUCCCAGUGCCUGCAGGGCUCCUUACAGCUCUCAGACCAUGGAGGAGCAGACAUGGAUCACCCCGCUGGCUGUCCCUGCUCCCAUCACUGCUGGCUUCCCUCUGUGAACCCACCGUGUCCUCAGGCUUCUUGCCUCUCAGUGCUGUGCCCUUUUCUCAUGGGAGAGGGUCUCACAGGGACUUAACAGUCCUUGAUAUAACAAAUGCAGUUUUGUUAUGUUUUUUUGUUUUUUUUUUU